CUCGCUCUCUCUCUCUCUCUCUCUCACACACACACACACACACACAGAUGAGCGCCUCAAUCUACCUACCUAUUUCACCCACUUCUCACUCUCUUUUGAAGCCCAAUCACAAUCUUCUUCUACUUGGCGACUCAUUCCUUCCAAAACGCAUUCCUUGUGGUAAAAGAAGAUUUUCUGUGACUACAACAAAAGCUUUGCUCUCAACUACCAAAGAAUCAGUCUUACUAGAUUUUCAUGAAAGAAGAGCUCUCAAGAUUAUUACAGGCCUGCAGAAUUUUAAUAAAGACAACGUUGCUUCUGUGGUAACUGCUGCAGAUAAGGGUGGAGCAACUCAUGUGGAUAUAGCUUGUGAUCCAGAGUUAGUGAAGCUUGCUACUGGCUUGACUUCUCUUCCGGUUUGUGUUUCUUCCGUGAAUCCAGCAGCAUUUCCAGCUGCCGUUGAAGCAGGAGCGCUGAUGGUAGAGAUUGGAAAUUAUGAUUCCUUUUAUGAGAUGGGCGUGCUUUUCUCUCCCGAGCAGAUACUAAAUCUCACGAAGGAGACUCGCCGGAUUCUUCCAUCUGUGCCACUAUCAGUCACUGUGCCUCACACACUAAGCCUCCUCGAUCAGGUUAAGCUAGCAGAGCAGUUGGAACAGGAAGGUGUUGACAUUAUACAAACUGAAGGAGGGAAAUGCUCUAAUCCUGCAAAGGCUGGUGUUCUUGGUUUGAUUGAGAAGGCAACUCCAACGCUAGCAGCAGCAUAUGCUAUUUCACGGGCUGUUAAGAUCCCUGUCAUGUGUUCAUCUGGACUAAGUGCAGUUACAGCACCAAUGGCUAUUGCAGCAGGAGCUGCUGGCGUGGGCGUGGGCUCUGCUAUUAACAAGCUUAAUGAUGUGGUUGCGAUGAUUGCAGAGGUCAGAAGUAUUGCUAAUUCAUUAGACAUCUCAACCGUGAGACAAAAUGUAACUAAGGAGAAGACUUUGAGAAUCUAAUUCAUACAAUUUUAUGUUCUUAGUGUUCUCAAAUAUAUGACUUAAAAGCGUAGGAUUCUGUUCGGAUAGAUAUAUAAAUGGACUUUUGGAUCACUUUGAGCAUGGAGCAACUUAAUAAGGACUCGUUUCAAUUUUUCUUCAGCUUCA